GAACUUUCAAUUAAUUUAUAACUAGCGUUUGUGACUUCGCGCAUGUAGAAUUGAAUAUUUGUUUCAAUUCCAAUUGAAAUCUGCUCUGAAAAGUUUAGAUAUAACUUCCUUUGUAUUCGAAGUAGUAUUGAUUGUCUAAUCGAUAUUCCAUAUUGCUUUUCAUCCGAAAAUUUUAAGAAAUGACAACGAGAACAGCAGAGAAACCAGUGGUAGAAGUUGAAACUGAAGAUGAUAAAGAGUUACAGGCUGAACUGAAGCUGCUUGUUGAAAGGAUAAUGGAUAAGGAUGAGAAAUUGGUUGGACCAGCCCUGGACAUGUUAAAAUAUAUCAUUCGAACAUCAACGACCUCGAUGACCUCAGUUCCGAAGCCUUUGAAGUACAUGGCUAUUUAUUAUCUGACACUGAAGAAUCUCCACAAGAAUAUGCCCGAUGGACCAAAUAAGAAACAUUUGGCUGACGUCAUAUCCAUCUUAGCUUUAGGAACUGCCGGAGGAGAUGUGGCAAGAAGAGAACAUGAUUGUUUGAACUACUGUUUAGCUGGUACCAUGAACAACAUUGGCGAUUGGGGCCACGAAUAUAUCAGACAGCUAGAGAACGAGAUAGUUCAAACUUGGAACAUCGACCAGACGAGCAGCCUCCUGAUGCCCUUGAUCAGGGACAUCAUGGACUUCAACUGUCACCACCAUGCCGAAAUCCAAGGCUGCGAUCUGCUCAUGGAGAUAGAUCAACUAGAUCUCCUGCCCAAGUACAUUUCCGAAGAGACCUACGAGAGGAUGUGUCUGUACCUAACUUCGUGCACGAAGUAUGUGGACGUUCUAGAGGCGAAUAAGAUAAUGAAGUUGGUGGCUGAGCAGUACAUGAAGUUCGAGAUAUUUUCAAGGGCGCUUAUAAUAGCGCUGCAGUCUGAUGACAAUGAUAUGGUACAGAACAUUUUCAAGGCGUGUAAUGAUAAGAUAACCCUGUACCAGCUAGCGUUCAUCUGUGGCCGUCAUCUGUAUCCGGUCGACAUAGAUCCCGAUGCUGAGUUUGCCGACGAUAUGGCUGCCAUCCUAGGCAAUAACCAUCUCAGCUCGAACUUCCUGACAUUUGCCAGAGAGCUCGACAUCAUGGAACCCAAGACCCCCGAAGACGUCUACAAGGUGUGGCUCGAACCGACCACGCCCUACUUCAGCAUCCUGGGAGACAACAUCGACAGCGCCAGGCAGAACCUGGCUUCGUCCUUCGUGAACGGCUUCGUCAACGCGGGCUUCGGAUGCGACAAGCUCCUCACCACGGACACCAGCAGCAAGUGGAUCUACCGCAACAAGGAUCACGGGAUGCUGAGCGCCACAGCAUCCUUGGGGAUGCUCCAUCUGUGGGACGUGGACGGAGGUCUGACUCCCAUCGAUAAGUAUCUGUACAGCACGGAAGACUACAUCAAGGCGGGAGCGCUGCUAGCGUUGGGCAUCGUGAACUGCAGGGUGAAGAACGAGUGCGAUCCGGCACUGGCUUUGUUGUCCGACUAUGUGAACCACGAGAACAUCGUUUAUCAGACCGGGGCAGUAUUUGGUAUUGGAUUGGCUUACGUUGGAACUGCUCGGGAAGACAUCCUGGACAUCUUGUCCCCAGUCAUCCAGAGCAGCCAAUCAGCAGAGAUCCUCGGCAUCACCAGUCUAUCUUGCGGGUUGAUCGCCCUGGGUAGAAGCAAGCACAACGUCAUUACCAUAAUACUCUCAAAGAUCAUCGAGGCCAACAACACAGAGCAGUUGAGGAGUCCCUUCAUGCGUCUUGCCGGUCUUGGUGUCGCCCUCUGCUACAUGGGCAGCAAGGACAGCAUAGAGGUGCCUCACGCCGCGAUGGACGUUUUCGAGGAACCGUUCAAGACGAUGGUUCAGACCAUGCUGAAGAUGUGCGCUUACGCCGGUACCGGCGACGUUUUGAUAGUGCAGGAGCUGUUGAGGAUAGUCGAGGAAAAGAUCACCUGCAGGGACGAGAAGGCCAAAGAUAAGGGGAAGAAGGAUCCUGCUCACAAGAAGAAAGGGAAGGCCAGUAUGGAUUGGGAUUAUUGUAUGGGACAGGCCAUAGCUGUUUUGGCAGUUGCUGCUGUUUCUAAAGGCGAAGAAAUAGGAGCCGAAAUGGUACAGAGGAUCUUCGCCCACAUAGGACGUUAUGGCGAGCCUAUAGUCCGAAAGUCCGUGCCUCUAGCUAUAGCCAUGACGUCCGUAUCAAACCCUCAGUUGUCUGUGAUCGACAUACUGACCAAAUAUUCGCAUGACUCUGAUGACGACGUGGCAUGUAACGCCAUAUUCGGAUUGGGAUUCGUUGGUGCAGGCACCAAUAACGCCCGUCUGGCAGCCUGCCUAAGACAGAUGGCCGUCUAUCACACCAAGAACCCAUCGCAGCUGUUCAUGGUGAGGCUGUCGCAAGGGUUCCUGCAUUUGGGGAAGGGCACCAUGACCCUGAGCCCUCUCCAUACCGAUAGGCAGCUUGUGGACCCGGUAGCCAUGGCAGGUCUCCUCAUACCACUAGUUGCUCUGGUGGAUCCUCAUUCCUUAAUUCUCGGUAAGGCCCAUUAUCUCCUCUACGCUAUGGUCACAGCUAUCCAGCCAAGGUGGCUCCUGACCCUUGGAGAAGAUCUCCAACCUUUAAGCGUGACAGUGAGAGUGGGUCAAGCUGUUGACAUCGUUGGGAAAGCUGGUACCCCAAAAACAAUUGCGGGAAUCCACACUCACACUACUCCUGUUCUGUUGGCAGCUGGUGAAAGGGCUGAGCUUGUCAAUGAUGACUAUACCGUUUUUUCGCCGACUUUGGAUGGUAUUUGUGUUCUAAAGAAGUGUUGAUUCUUUUGUUGUUUUGAAUGUUUGUUUGAUGGCACAAUAAAUAGUUUUUA